AUGAGACUGGCUGCAGUUUCUAUAGCGGCCACUGGUGUCAGUAACGGUACCAGUGAAGUGGAAGACAUUGAUGUGUUCUGUAGUGAUGGAGGAAAUGUCACUCUGCCCUGCAGUGAUGCUCAUCCUGACUGCGCAUUAACAACAUGGCUGUAUUAUAAAGACAUCAAAACUGGAGUUGUUCUGUUUACUAAAGGAAUAAAGAUGAUGGACCAUGAAAGACUGAGUCUGGGGUCUGACUGCUCUCUGAACAUCUAUAAAACCACAAAAGAAGAUCAUGGGGUUUACACCUGCAGGGAACAAGUGAUUAGAAAUGAUUCAUACACUGAUGUCAAUGUUUAUAUGAAUGUUCUUCAUGUGGCUUUAUCCUCCACAAAGACUGAGAUUAAAGCAGGCAGCUCUGUCACUCUCUCCUGUCAAUUAUAUUUAUAUGAUGGAUAUUAUUGUGAGCGUUUGCUCGAUAAGGAUAGAUUUCAGAUGAUCUGGGUGAAUGAGUCUGAUGUUAAUCUACAAUCAGACUCCAGAUAUCAGAUCUCAUCUUCAACAAAACACUGUAACAGCAGUCUGACUACAACACUCCUGAAUGAAGACAACAACAGAGAGUUGAGAUGUCAGAUUAUUAAAGAAACUGAAGUUAAGACCUCAGCCGGAUAUACUGUCAAGUAUUCGGAUUCAGCAAACAGUGAGACUGUGACUGGAUUAUUAUUAAGAGGCAAGACAAGUCUUUAG